AAAAUAUUGGUACGAAAAAUAUUUGAGGCUAGUACGAGUUUAAUUUAUAUUUCUAUUGCCUAGCAAAUUUAGUUAUGCACCAUUAAAAUUUAAAUAUCGGUUACGUAAAUAAGUUGGUAGACGUGUAGUUUUAUGUUACGACCCGAAAAUGAAUAAAUGUUACGGGUUAGCUAGAAUAAAUAUUUUGUGAUGACUAGUUAAUAAAUUCCGAAAUAUUUAGAAAAAAUAUUAGAAUAAUUAUUUAGUUAAUUUUAGUAUCUCGAAUGCUAUUUAAAAAUUUAAAUAAGCAGCGUUAAAUGAGCCGGGAUUCGAGAAUAAAAUGAAACAAACUAAUUAAAAACUGAAAUGUUAAUAAAUUAAUAAAUAAAGUAAACACAUGUGUUUUCUGGAAGGUUGCUGCCCAAAACUCCUACUUGGUGCCCAAGAAAAAUCACGCAAAUCGAGGCAAAUAAGUAAUUAACUAAGUUAAAUUGAACACAAUUAACUAUAUUAAUGAUAAUUAGCAACCAGUAUAAAAAGGAGGACUUUAGAAACAUUUACCAGUUUUAGAAAACAAAAGCUAGUGGCAGAAGGAUUACUGGAGAUUGUGGAAUCAAAUCAGGAGUAUUUUAAGGUACAUGAUUUCCUUAUUCAAAAGAUUAUAUAUUAUUCACUUAAAUACUAUGAUCCUACCAACUGUUUUUCAUCCUCUCCAUAUACAUAUUGGAUACUGUAAUAAUAUAUUGAAAUUCCCUUGCUCCACUUUAAUUAGGGUUCAAUUGGAAUUGGGGAUUUUAAAAUAAGCAUUUAUUUUAUUUGUGGUUAAUUGUUUGUUGAUUUGGGUGGUUAAGCAGGCGAGUUCAUGGUGGAAAAGAGGGGUCGGAGCGCCGCCCGGCGGCAUACGCCGGCGGCUGCUCGCGAGAGUAAGGGGAGGAGAACAGAGGGAGUGUGUGGGUUGGCGAGCGGAUGAUUGCGAAUCUUGUGUGGGUUGGACGGAGAAGAAGGCGGCGUCGGGGAUGGGGAAGAGGGGAAGAGGGGAAGAGAGAGAUGCAGGAGAACGGUGGAAGGGAAGGGGUUGGUGAGUGUAUGAGGGUGUGUAGUGAUGAUUGUAGGCGGGUUAGGGAGCGAGACACCGCAGCCGCGGUGGUGGGGGCAGCUGUGGGAGAGAGGGGGAGAGGGAGAGAGAGAGAGAGAGGAAUGGGUGGCGGAGCAGCCGCCGGAGGCAACUCCGGCGAUGGCAGUGGUGAAGAAAAUAGUAGAGAAGAGGGAGAGGGAGAAGAGUUGGGAGAGAUGAGGUUAUUUUGGUAAGUUUAUAAUUGGGAGAAAUAAAAUAAAAUAAAGAUAAUAGAUGGGUUAAUAAAACCUAAUAGAAAUUGAGAUUAAAAUAAUAAUAUUUGGUGAAGAGUUGUGAGUGGGAUUUAAAAAUAUAGAAAUUAAAAUUAUUUGAUAAAUGGUGAGUGUUGAAGACUAAAGAAUUGAUUUACUUAAAAAAUAAUGGAGUUGAGUGAGAUAUUUAAAAGGUAUCAGAAUUCAGAGAUAAUUUAAUAAUUUGGGUUAUUGUUUAUAUUUAUAUAAAUUGGUGAAUAUCAUUGGUCGAUAAAUUCGAGAAUUAAAUUUAGUUAAUAAUGAUUGAUUUAAUAAAUGAUUAAACUAGAGAAAGUGAGAUCUGAGUAAUUGAACAUUAUAUAGCAUGGGAUGGUUAAUAGAGUUUAUGACUUAAUUUGAUAAUAACAAAUUUUGGUGGAAUAUUUAAAUCAUAAAAACAGAGACGAAUAAUUGAUUAACUUAAGUUGGGUAGAAUACUUGUAACAGUGAUUUUCCAAAGAAUUCAAGUACAGGUGAUAAAAGAGACUAUUCAAGAAGCUAAAAAUGUCUUACCUCAUUAAUAUUGAGAGAUACCAAAGAAAGAAUGGAAUAAAUAUUAAUGAAAUUUUAAUAGAUUACUCGAGAUUAAUAUUUUGAAAUGAAUAUUACUAAGUAUUAUCAUUUUGUGGCAUAGAAUAUUUCCUAUCUGGAAAAGGGCGAAGCUCAAUUAUCAGAUUUAUAUUCAGAAUUAUUUUGCGAAGGAAGACAGGCAAGUUCACUAUCCCUUUCUUGACGUGAAGUUUUUCGUGCCUAUUUCAUAAUUGUGUGAAAAGUGUUGAUUGUGAAGAUAUUAUAUUUCAUACUAUUGUAAAUCGAGAAAAUAUCUCUGUUUCAUUUUUGAAGGCUUUAAAGAUAUUGUUCACAUAUUACUUUCUAUAAUUCGAGCCCUCCCAUUGUUCGGGAAUGAGCUGAUCCUAUCAUGAUAAUAUUUUGAAUCUUCGAAACUUGACGUGAAUACAUUGCAGCGAUGAUCUCAAUUUACUCUUUUUGGAGAUCAUUUUAUCCUUUGGAAUCUAGUUCUUUUAAUUAUCUUUCACUUCUACCUUCGGGUAAUCUUUGUUAUGACGAAAGGGUGCAUUGUUCGCACUUAUUUGAUAAAGGAGUAGUGAGGAUUGAGAAAUGUUUGUUUGGGAAAAUUUCCUUGUAUUCGGAGGAAUCGGUUCAAGCUGGUCAACACGAAUUUAUUAAAUUCGUGGUAGAGUUUAAAUUUACUAUCUGGUAAGGCAGAUAGUGGGGUUCCAGUGUUAAACCCUGAUGCUAGCAAAGAGAGUGUUGGUGUGUCUUCAGUGGUUACGAUCAGACCACUAGGACUACACAGGAGAACGGUAUUCACGAAAUGGUGCUGAUCGAGCCAUGUAGUGUUACCGAGAGGUGGAAGACCAGCAUAUUCUUUACUUGACAUUGUUUUGUCAUUUGAUGGUAACUGUUUUGUUGCUUAGACUUGAAAUGUCUUCUAUGCUUUAUUUGCAUAUCUUGUUAUUUGUUAUUAUGUGCUAUGUGGACUUGCUGAGCAAUUAUUUGCUCAUUCUUGCAUCUAUUUUAUAUCUUUUUGAGCGGUAAAGAGCUAGUAUGGCACAACUCAAGAGAUUUGCCCAGAAACGGGUUUUGGCAAAGGCAAGGAAAAGGUGCAUCACCCAAGUUGAGGCUGCUAGACUACGGUGUUUGGUAGUACAAACUAUAGUUAUUUUAAUGGUCUAUAAUCAGACUUGCUAAUAUGUAAUCAAGAUAGACCUGGUAGUAGUGUUGUAAGAUGAUCGACCCUGGACUUGUGGGGCAAGAGUUGAAUUGUGUAAUCUUAAAUAUGUAAUGCAAGUGUUGUUUUGAGCCAGAUGUAUAGUGGCGGACCGGAUCUACGGGAUGCGGAUCUGGGGGCGUCACAAGUUUGGUAUCAGAGCUAUAGUUAUAUCCUUAGGAUUUGAGAAACCCUAGGAAUAUAACGAGCGAGAAUGACACGAAGUCUAAGAUAGGUACCCUAGAUGAACCUAUCUCCAUAUUUUAUUAAACAUAUGUGCCAAAUAAACUUUUAGCAAAGGGUUGGUAGUCCCUACAAAUAUAAACGUUUAUAGUUACGAACAAUCGUAGUAAUGAUGUUUGUAGAUGUCAGGUUACGAGACUGCUUAUAAUCUAUUGAUGGAGAUGGAGAUGAUAUAUAUUGAGCAUGAGAAACAUUCUAUACAAAUAUUAGAGUCACCAGCACCUGAGAUCAUUGUAUCUAAGGAAAACAAGGAUAUAGUAUCUUUUGAGUUCACUAAGAGUGGUGGGAUGAAUAUUUUUCUAUCUUUAUCUGAGUUGACUUCUUUUCCUACUUUGACCACUUCCUUUUCGAUUACCACUUCUACUAUUCCUCCACUUGUUUCUGAGAGUGGAGGCCUUUCUGGACUUACUUCGGUAUUUCGAGCCUACACCUCUUUCUUAUAGUCCUAUUACCACACAUACUUCUGAUUGUUAUUAUUUUGGGACUUCUAUGUCAUCUUUGGUUGAAGAUGCUCCUAUACCACCUUUGAGUAGCCACACCUUUGUUUAUACACUAUCUGUGCCUCGAGUUCACUGUUACCACUUUGUCUGAGACUUUUGUACCACUUACAGUUUUAUCCGCUAUUCUAGUUUCCUGCACCAAGGACUAUUCCUUUUCAGAUUAGUGGAUCUUCUUUUAUACCAGUUUCCAUACCUCCGAAUGGCGACUUUGUACCACUUUUAGAGUGUAUGUAUGUGGUUCACCAGUAUCAAUAGUUGAGAAAGUCUACCUAUGACUCUAGAUUUGGGAUUCCAGGAUCUUAUGAUCCUAUGUCUGUUUCUGCGGGUUCAGAUUUUCUUGCCCGAGAAUUUAGUAUGGAGAUUGUGCAUCAAAUUUUUGUUUCUGUAUUUGAGGGACUUCAUAAUAUAUCUGUGAGAUACCCUCCACCAGCUCAUGUGAAUGUUAAACUUGUUACAAUACUGGUAAAUAGAGCCUUUUCUGAGUUCCAACGUAGGAUCUCAGAGAUAUCUAGUUAAUAUAUUUGUUGCUUGAUGUAUAAUUUGACUUUUGGGAAAUAACACACGCAAUCUGUGUGUAUCUCAGUUAUGAUAUAUUAUGUAUCUGAAGGAUAUGUAGACACCUUUGUAUAGUAUCGAAAUAGAGAAUCGUGCACUUCCUUUUAUUUGGAUACAAUUGCUAUAAUUUUGAUUAAUAGAUCAUUCUGGAAGUAGAGAUGUGUAUAGACGAUCUUUUGUAUAGUGAUGUCCAGAUUAGACUUGAUGUGGUAGGAUGAUCACUAGAUCAGAUGUACUUUCUAUAUCGUGACUCAUAAAAACUUCGGAUAUUACAACCACAUUAGAAGGGAUGACAAAUCUUUAUGUCAUAUUAUUGUCUCUUUCUUUGUCUAUACCUUCCUUAUGCUUCUUGCAGUUAUCAACUACUUUUGACCUGUUUCAUUUCUGUCAACUAUCUUGCAUUUGCUACAUCAAUGAUCCAACGUGAAAUCCUAUGGGAAAAAAAAUGUAUGUGUUCAACCUUCAAAGUUUUUAGAGGUUUUCAAAAAGAGAAAUGUUCAGGUUGCUAAAGUUUUAGAGUUUUUUUAAAAGAAAAGGUGCAACCUUUAAAGUUUCUAAAAGGUUUCCAAAAAUAUGCAGCUUUGGUACAACUUGUCUUUUCAACCAAAUAUUCAACCAGUUUUCAAAGUUUUAUACUAAGUAUUUUACGAAAUUGCACCUUGUUGUACCUUUGGAUAACCCUUGUAUUUUGUAUAAUGAGACCUAUUAACCUGUUUUGUCUACUCUUAUAGAUUAAGAUGGAUUUAAACCUGAAUGACAACCCUGUUGAUGAAUCAAUACUAGAUGCUUCAUCCGGAUUUCAAUCCAGACCCAAUCCUGUUCAAUUACUUGACAACAUACCAUUUUCAAAACAAUCCUGGAAGAAGUUCUUCGAGUCAACUUACCAAACCUACCUUUUCAUUCAAAUCUUUCAAAUUUUUGCCAACCCAAGUGUUUAAAGGGACAGUAGAUUCCGUUGAGGCCAAGAUAUGGCUAAAAGAAAUAGAGAAGACUUUUGAAAUGGUUGAUGUAGAAGAGGAUAAGAAAAUUAUGUUUGAUGCUUAUAUGCUUAAUUGAGAAGCUAAUUAUUGGGAGGAAGCUAAGCAAAUUUUAGAAGAGUCUAGUGUGAUAUCAUGGACUAGGUUUACAAAGUUAUUCCUAGAGAAGUAUGUUCCUAAACACUUAGAGAAUCAAAUAGAGCUCAAAUUUCUAGAGCUUAAGCAAAAGAAUAUGUUAGUAACUGAACACGAAGCUAAGUUUAUCGAACUUUAAAAAUUUAUUCCACAUCAAGUAAAUACGGACGAAAAGAAAGCUAGACGCUUUCAGUCGGAUUUAAAGCCCUGGAUUCAGAAUAGGGUUACUGUUCUCGAGAUUGCUAGCUAUGCGACGUGAAUGCACAAAGCUUGUAUUGUUGAGUCAAGCGGUGAGUUGUUUAACAAAGAGGAAGUCGAUAAGAAGUGGAAACCCCUGCAAAAUAAUCAAAAUGUUGAAAAGAAACCUUGGACUCAUAGUGUGAAGAAAAUUUUGUGAAGUAAGAGAUGUCGCGAGCAGAGAAUAUUGGUAAAAUAAAAGGAAACCAAAGGUUUAAAACUUCGCAUACCGCGAACGUGUUACAAGGAAGACCUCGUUGCCUGGGUAUAAGAUUUGUGAAAUAUGCUAUAAUAUUACGUUUUACACUGUUUCGGCUCAAGUUGACUUCAAAUCUCAUUUCGUAAACUGAGAAGUUCAUUUUGUAUCUUGGGUCAUUCCAUUGUUCGGAAGUGAUUGCUCCCCAUAAUCGAUAUCUCUUCGAUGUUACAAUAUCAUUUGUGAUUCGUGAUUUAAUAUUCGAGAAUUGGAAUAAAGAUAUACUGUGAUGAUGAUCUUAAUCUAAUAAUUCUAAGAGAUUGUCCCUCAUUUGAUCCUAUUUUCGAUUCUAUCCACUGAAAAUCCUGGAUUUGUGAUUAAAGGAUGCAUUGCUCGCAUUCCUUGGAAGUAGUGUGUUGGGGAAGUAAUUAUGGUAGAUCAGGUUUGUCCAAGUUAUAUGAUAAUGAUUCAAGAGAAAAUCUUUGAGAUAAAUCUUCCUUGAUAUUUCUUCAAUCUGAUUGGGAUGAACAACCCUAAUUAUAGGGGACACAAGGUAAACCUGUCUGUGUGAUAGGAGUUGGAUGGGACGCCAUCACUUGUGUGUGUUGUAAUUACAAGAAGGUUAACAACCUUUAGUAGUGUCUUAAUUUGGACACGCAACACUUAGUUCAUUUGAUCAAAUUAUUCUCCCAGUCAUUCUUCUAUUUCAAAUGAAAGCUAUUUUGAAAAAUCAUUGAUUGGUGAUUACCACUGUGAAGGACUUCUAUAUACCCAAGAAAGCUUUAAAAAUCUUAUUUCUUUUGACUUCUCUUCAAAAUGCUCAGAUUUCAAAUUCCUUGAUUGUUCUUUCAAAAAAAAAAAAAAAAGAAGAAAAAAAGAAGUGUUUUAAGAAAGUAUUGUAUGGAGACGUCAAAUCCAGACCCCCGGAUCGGAGGAUGGUUAUAUCGAUUAUCGAGAGUUGAAUGAGAUGACCCUUUACCUAAGAUUGAUGUUUUUUUAAUCAGUUAAAGAGAACAUCUUACUUUUUAAGAUAGACUUGAGAUCUGGAUAUCAUCAGUUAAAGAAUCAGGUAUGAGAAUGUACCUAAGAUUGCCAUUAGAACCCAAUAUGGACAUUAUAAGUUCUUAGUGAUGCCUUUUGGAUUGACUAAUGCACGUAUAACAUUCAUGGAUCUUAUAAAUGGAGUAUUUAAGAAAUUUUUGGAUAAGUUCAUUAUUAUUUACUAAUGAUAUUUUGGUUUAUUCUUAGACGAAAGAAGAGCAUGUUGAGCAUCUUACUUGGAACUUUUUGAGGAAAGAAAAGUUAUAUGCAAAAUUUUCGAAAUGUGAAUUUUUAUAAAGCAAGUACAGUUUUAGGACAUAUAGUUUACAGAAAGAAACAUUGGUAGACCCCACAAAAAUGGAAGCAGUAUCAAAUAGAGAAAGACUAAGAAGUGAGAAGUUUUCAUAGGAUUGGAUUCGUACAAGAUUUCUCUAAGAUUGCAAUUCGUUUGACCAAGUUGACUAGGAAAGAAGAGAAAUUUGAAUGGACGCCUAAGUGCGGAAAAAAAAAAAAAAGGUUUUCAGGAAUUAAAGAAGUGCCUUACAAUGGCCUCUGUGUUAACCUUACCUAUCGAGACAGGAAAUUUUGUAAUGUAUAAUGAUUCACCUCUUAAUAGACUAGGAUGUGUUCUUAUGCAAUAUGGAAAAUUGAUAGCGUAUGCUUCAAGACAACCUAAUGAUUACAAGUUGAGCUUCACUACCCAUGACCUAGAGUUAGCUACUAUAGUAUUUGCCUUAAAGAUUCGGUGACAUUACUUGUAUGGUGAGAAAUGUGAGAUAUUCACGGAUCUUAAGAGUUAAAAUACUUGUUUACUCUGAAAGAGUUGGAUUUGAGACAAAAAAAAAAAAAAAAUUUUUUGUUAGAAUUGAUGAAGGACUAUGAUUGUACAAUAAACUAUCACCCAGGGAAGUGAAUGUAGUUGCUAAUGCAUUAAGUAUGAAAGGAAGAGUCAAUCAUGAUGUCUUUACCAAAGGAAUUGGUUAGAGAGAUGGAAAAGCUAGAAUUGAAAAUUAAGGAUUCGAAGCAUAAGGAGGGAAGGAUCUAUAAGAUGUUAGUGCGACCAGAGUUGAUAGAAAGAAUCAAAAAGAGUCAAGAAUCGAUAAUUGAAGAAAAACACUUUAAAAUUGACAGGUGAUGGGCACUCAAGUGAAAAAGAUGAAAAAAAAAUUAGGAGAUUUGCUAAUAGGAUUUGGAUUCCUAACUUGACAGAUCUUAAACAAAAUAUUUUGAGUAAAGUUCACAAAUCGAGGUACUCUAUACACCCAGGAAGAACCAAGAUGUUCCAAGAUUUGAAGAAAAACUAUUGGUGGCCUAAUAAGAAAAAGAGAGAUUGCUGAUUGAGUAAAUAUAUGUUUGACUUAUCAGAAAGUAAGAGUUGAGUAUCAAAGACCUAGUGGAUUAUUGCAACCAUUAGAAAUCUCAGAAUAGAAAUGGGAGCACAUCACCAUAAAUUUCAUAGUUAGUUUACCUAGGUUCCGAGCCAAUCAUGACGCUGUUUGGAUAAGUGUGGAUAGGUUGACAAAAUCUGCGCAUUUUCUUCCUAUUAGCAAGAAAUAUACAGUCGAGAGAUUUUUUAAGUUAUAUAUGAAUGAAGCUGUGUCUAAAUAUGGAGUGCCAAUAUCAAUUAUAUCAGAUAGAGAUGCGUUUGGAAAACAUUUCAGGAAUAUUUUGGAACUAAGUUAAACCUGAGCACCGCAUAUUACCCCCAGACUAAUGGACAGAGUGAAAGAACAAAAUAUAUAUAUAUAUAUAUAUGUCAAGAGCUAGUUCUUUGGAUUUUAAAGGAAGUUGGAAGGAUCACUUACCUUUAGUAGAGUUUGCCUACAAUAAUAAUUAUCACUCUAGUAUCGGAAGGACUCCUUUUGAAGCAUUAUAUGGUGGAAAGUGUAGAUCACCUCUUUUUUAGGAUGAAGUUGUAGAGGAAAAUAUAUUGGGACCCGAACUAGUCCAACAAACCACACAGUCAAUCGAAAAGAUACGCAAAAGAUUAGUUGCAGCUCAAGAUAGACAAAAGCAUUAUGCGAAUUUGGAAAGAAAAGAGAAAACAUUUGAGGUCAGAGAAAAAGUACUUUGAAAGUAUCACCUUGGAAAUGAAUAAUCAGAUUUGGAAAGGGGGAAAAAAAUUGAAUCCUAGAUAUAUUGGACCCUUCGAGAUUCUAAAGAGAGUUGGAGCUGUUUCUUAUCCGCUAAGCUUUACUUCCAGAUUUAUAACACAUUCACGAUAUAUUACAAGACAGACGAUCGAUAUUAUUCGGAAUUAUGAGCCAAUUAACCUUCAGUCAGAUUUGACACAUAAAGAGAAGCCAGGAGAGAGAGUAAAUUCAAAGUUUCAAGAAUUAAGAAUAAGAAAGUGAGAUUAGUUAAAGUAAUUUGGCGAAAUCAAGUAGUAGAAGAAGCUACUUGGGAAUUAGAAGAAGCUUUGAAAGAAAUAUAUCCGGAGUUGUUUCAGCACAAAACAUGAUUCCGAGGUCGGAAUCCUUUAAAGGAGGGAAGAAUGUAACAACCGCGAAAUUUUAAGUACGUGAACAUAUUAAUUAUUUAAUUUUAUGUGAUUAAAGUUAGUAGUUAAUAUUUAUGAAUUCAUUAGCUAAAAAAAAAAAUAUUGGUACGAAAAAUAUUUGAGGCUAGUACGAGUUUAAUUUAUAUUUCUAUUGCCUAGCAAAUUUAGUUAUGCACCAUUAAAAUUUAAAUAUCGGUUACGUAAAUAAGUUGGUAGACGUGUAGUUUUAUGUUACGACCCGAAAAUGAAUAAAUGUUACGGGUUAGCUAGAAUAAAUAUUUUGUGAUGACUAGUUAAUAAAUUCCGAAAUAUUUAGAAAAAAUAUUAGAAUAAUUAUUUAGUUAAUUUUAGUAUCUCGAAUGCUAUUUAAAAAUUUAAAUAAGCAGCGUUAAAUGAGCCGGGAUUCGAGAAUAAAAUGAAACAAACUAAUUAAAAACUGAAAUGUUAAUAAAUUAAUAAAUAAAGUAAACACAUGUGUUUUCUGGAAGGUUGCUGCCCAAAACUCCUACUUGGUGCCCAAGAAAAAUCACGCAAAUCGAGGCAAAUAAGUAAUUAACUAAGUUAAAUUGAACACAAUUAACUAUAUUAAUGAUAAUUAGCAACCAGUAUAAAAAGGAGGACUUUAGAAACAUUUACCAGUUUUAGAAAACAAAAGCUAGUGGCAGAAGGAUUACUGGAGAUUGUGGAAUCAAAUCAGGAGUAUUUUAAGGUACAUGAUUUCCUUAUUCAAAAGAUUAUAUAUUAUUCACUUAAAUACUAUGAUCCUACCAACUGUUUUUCAUCCUCUCCAUAUACAUAUUGGAUACUGUAAUAAUAUAUUGAAAUUCCCUUGCUCCACUUUAAUUAGGGUUCAAUUGGAAUUGGGGAUUUUAAAAUAAGCAUUUAUUUUAUUUGUGGUUAAUUGUUUGUUGAUUUGGGUGGUUAAGCAGGCGAGUUCAUGGUGGAAAAGAGGGGUCGGAGCGCCGCCCGGCGGCAUACGCCGGCGGCUGCUCGCGAGAGUAAGGGGAGGAGAACAGAGGGAGUGUGUGGGUUGGCGAGCGGAUGAUUGCGAAUCUUGUGUGGGUUGGACGGAGAAGAAGGCGGCGUCGGGGAUGGGGAAGAGGGGAAGAGGGGAAGAGAGAGAUGCAGGAGAACGGUGGAAGGGAAGGGGUUGGUGAGUGUAUGAGGGUGUGUAGUGAUGAUUGUAGGCGGGUUAGGGAGCGAGACACCGCAGCCGCGGUGGUGGGGGCAGCUGUGGGAGAGAGGGGGAGAGGGAGAGAGAGAGAGAGAGAGGAAUGGGUGGCGGAGCAGCCGCCGGAGGCAACUCCGGCGAUGGCAGUGGUGAAGAAAAUAGUAGAGAAGAGGGAGAGGGAGAAGAGUUGGGAGAGAUGAGGUUAUUUUGGUAAGUUUAUAAUUGGGAGAAAUAAAAUAAAAUAAAGAUAAUAGAUGGGUUAAUAAAACCUAAUAGAAAUUGAGAUUAAAAUAAUAAUAUUUGGUGAAGAGUUGUGAGUGGGAUUUAAAAAUAUAGAAAUUAAAAUUAUUUGAUAAAUGGUGAGUGUUGAAGACUAAAGAAUUGAUUUACUUAAAAAAUAAUGGAGUUGAGUGAGAUAUUUAAAAGGUAUCAGAAUUCAGAGAUAAUUUAAUAAUUUGGGUUAUUGUUUAUAUUUAUAUAAAUUGGUGAAUAUCAUUGGUCGAUAAAUUCGAGAAUUAAAUUUAGUUAAUAAUGAUUGAUUUAAUAAAUGAUUAAACUAGAGAAAGUGAGAUCUGAGUAAUUGAACAUUAUAUAGCAUGGGAUGGUUAAUAGAGUUUAUGACUUAAUUUGAUAAUAACAAAUUUUGGUGGAAUAUUUAAAUCAUAAAAACAGAGACGAAUAAUUGAUUAACUUAAGUUGGGUAGAAUACUUGUAACAGUGAUUUUCCAAAGAAUUCAAGUACAGGUGAUAAAAGAGACUAUUCAAGAAGCUAAAAAUGUCUUACCUCAUUAAUAUUGAGAGAUACCAAAGAAAGAAUGGAAUAAAUAUUAAUGAAAUUUUAAUAGAUUACUCGAGAUUAAUAUUUUGAAAUGAAUAUUACUAAGUAUUAUCAUUUUGUGGCAUAGAAUAUUUCCUAUCUGGAAAAGGGCGAAGCUCAAUUAUCAGAUUUAUAUUCAGAAUUAUUUUGCGAAGGAAGACAGGCAAGUUCACUAUCCCUUUCUUGACGUGAAGUUUUUCGUGCCUAUUUCAUAAUUGUGUGAAAAGUGUUGAUUGUGAAGAUAUUAUAUUUCAUACUAUUGUAAAUCGAGAAAAUAUCUCUGUUUCAUUUUUGAAGGCUUUAAAGAUAUUGUUCACAUAUUACUUUCUAUAAUUCGAGCCCUCCCAUUGUUCGGGAAUGAGCUGAUCCUAUCAUGAUAAUAUUUUGAAUCUUCGAAACUUGACGUGAAUACAUUGCAGCGAUGAUCUCAAUUUACUCUUUUUGGAGAUCAUUUUAUCCUUUGGAAUCUAGUUCUUUUAAUUAUCUUUCACUUCUACCUUCGGGUAAUCUUUGUUAUGACGAAAUGGUGCAUUGUUCGCACUUAUUUGAUAAAGGAGUAGUGAGGAUUGAGAAAUGUUUGUUUGGGAAAAUUUCCUUGUAUUCGGAGGAAUCGGUUCAAGCUGGUCAACACGAAUUUAUUAAAUUCGUGGUAGAGUUUAAAUUUACUAUCUGGUAAGGCAGAUAGUGGGGUUCCAGUGUUAAACCCUGAUGCUAGCAAAGAGAGUGUUGGUGUGUCUUCAGUGGUUACGAUCAGACCACUAGGACUACACAGGAGAACGGUAUUCACGAAAUGGUGCUGAUCGAGCCAUGUAGUGUUACCGAGAGGUGGAAGACCAGCAUAUUCUUUACUUGACAUUGUUUUGUCAUUUGAUGGUAACUGUUUUGUUGCUUAGACUUGAAAUGUCUUCUAUGCUUUAUUUGCAUAUCUUGUUAUUUGUUAUUAUGUGCUAUGUGGACUUGCUGAGCAAUUAUUUGCUCAUUCUUGCAUCUAUUUUAUAUCUUUUUGAGCGGUAAAGAGCUAGUAUGGCACAACUCAAGAGAUUUGCCCAGAAACGGGUUUUGGCAAAGGCAAGGAAAAGGUGCAUCACCCAAGUUGAGGCUGCUAGACUACGGUGUUUGGUAGUACAAACUAUAGUUAUUUUAAUGGUCUAUAAUCAGACUUGCUAAUAUGUAAUCAAGAUAGACCUGGUAGUAGUGUUGUAAGAUGAUCGACCCUGGACUUGUGGGGCAAGAGUUGAAUUGUGUAAUCUUAAAUAUGUAAUGCAAGUGUUGUUUUGAGCCAGAUGUAUAGUGGCGGACCGGAUCUACGGGAUGCGGAUCUGGGGGCGUCACAAGUUUGGUAUCAGAGCUAUAGUUAUAUCCUUAGGAUUUGAGAAACCCUAGGAAUAUAACGAGCGAGAAUGACACGAAGUCUAAGAUAGGUACCCUAGAUGAACCUAUCUCCAUAUUUUAUUAAACAUAUGUGCCAAAUAAACUUUUAGCAAAGGGUUGGUAGUCCCUACAAAUAUAAACGUUUAUAGUUACGAACAAUCGUAGUAAUGAUGUUUGUAGAUGUCAGGUUACGAGACUGCUUAUAAUCUAUUGAUGGAGAUGGAGAUGAUAUAUAUUGAGCAUGAGAAACAUUCUAUACAAAUAUUAGAGUCACCAGCACCUGAGAUCAUUGUAUCUAAGGAAAACAAGGAUAGAGUAUCUUUUGAGUUCACUAAGAGUGGUGGGCUUUUAUUAAUUCAUAUCGAUUUACUUCCUCCGUCCCAAUUUAUUUGUCUUAUUUGAUUUUUCAAAAUUAAAUUGAUCAAAUUUUAACAGAAAAUUACAUAUAUAAAAUAAUUAGAAAAAAUUAUUAAAAAUAUAUAUUACUAGAAUAUAUAUUCAUUCGAGUUUAAAAUGUAUUUUUUCGAUUUUCGAGAUCAUGUAUGAAUAAUUACUAAUUAACGGUCAAAAUUUGGGUAAUUUAAUCACAAAAAAGGUUAAAUAAGACAAAUAAAUUGGGAUGAGGGAAUAUCUUCUUUGGUGUCAAUGUCAUUAGAGUCGUCUGCUGAUACUUUAGAAUUAUUUAUUCUUCAUCAUUUCUUUGUAUAAAACUUGGAAUAUUCACUAUUAAUUACCCUAUCCCGCGCAUUCGUAUAGGAAUCAAUGAAUAAUUUCUGAGAGCUAUAAUUUUAACUAGUAUAUAAUUAUUAUUCAAUAAUGUACACAUUUUUUCUUGAAAAGAAAAAGAGAUUGCUUUUACACGGGGAAUGAAAUUAGUUGGUAACAUUAGUUUAAAGAGAAAUUUACAAGAAUAUAUAUAUUUUUAACUUUUGUUUACAAUUUUACUACCUCUCACUUAUCUUUUCAAUUCUAUAUUACUAUUUUUUUAAUUAUACUGUUACCUUUGUCUCUCACUUUUACUCUUUUCAAAAUUACGGCCUCUCCAUCGUCUCUCUCAAACCCUGCUGCAAUACUUCCACUCUCUCGACAGAUUUCACAAUCAGCUUCGUUCCUUUCCGUCGAUCGUGCUCGUUCCUGUUCGUCAAUCACCUGACUCUUCUCAACUCGGUAAGUUAACUUCUUAAUGUGUGUGGCUGUGUGUCUGUGUAGCCGUACUGUUUGCGUGUUUUGAGAGAUUAUAUGCUUGAGAUGAUAGUACUAUAAAGCGUGUGUGUGUGUGUGUGAAUUUGUCAUAUGUGCUUGAUGUGCCCUGCAGGAGCUGUAGGAAAAGUAAUUUGAGAUAAGCACCUUAGGCAGUUCCCCAAGAAUCUAGAUUCUUAUAAGUCCCGAAUAUCUCAUCUCUUGCUGCUAAUGUUUAUAUACAAUAUUAGUUCAGUGUAUCCUAUUAUUUGCCAAUAUAUUGGUGGAAUUUUCACACACAAAAUCAACUCAAUUUGGUAAUAUGCUAGUUUGAACAGAGAGAAUGAUCAAAUAACAGAAGCAGCGCAUACGAAGUUAAAAAGAGUAACGAAGAUAUGCUUUGUGAAAGUAUUGUUGUUCCAAAUUGGAUAAAUGUCAGUGCAUAUCAUUGAUAAAAUUUGUAUCAUUUGAGGUGUUCUGUAACUACUAUUCAUAUGAGCUAUAGAAUGUUAAUUAAUUCAGUCUCUAUAUAAUAGGCUAUGACUUCAAUUUUGGCAUUAGCAAGUAGGCUGAAUUUUGAACAGGGGUGACACUUUUAGCAUUAAGGUCACCUUCUAGCAUAAAUGGCCACAUGAAAUGUAAGAAUUAUCAAGGGCGGUAUGAUCAGUAUGAGUGCUCCCUGGGCUUUAAGUGAUGAUGUUUUAAUUCCUCUUUGGCUUGCCGAACAAGAACAUUGGAUUCUUGGGAGAUUGUGUUUUGUAGAUAGGGAGUUCCAUGUAUACAGUACACUGAACUGCGAUGGUGGGAGGGAUAUUAUAGUAAAGGCAGCCACUCCAUUCGUCCAAUUAUUGCCAAAGUAUCUCGAGGCAACUGGUUUUUAUGAUCGGACGGAUAUAGAUUUCACAGCAGAUGCAUAUUCUGAUAAGUUAUCUCUUGAUCCGUUUGGAGUGACUUUGCAUCAUUUUGAUUUUACAUCAUCGUCUAUUGACAGUGGGAUAUACAUGUGUACAUAUGCCGAGUAUUAUGCUACUGUGUCGGAAUUCCCUAAUGAUGAACUAGAUAUUUCUACUUAUAGAAGCAGGCUUGCCUUAUUGUUUUAUUCGUAUGGAAUGGCAAAGCAAAUACACGGUUAUGAGAGUGAUUCCGAUUACACUGCAAAGGUUCCAUCAAAAAAGCCUCAAAGGACAAGGGCAUAUGAGCGAAAGAAAAAGACGAAAGAUGUGAAGACAAAAGAUGUUGAAGAAUGACUUGUAUUCGUUGUUUAAUGAAAAGACCUGGUUCCACACAUAUGAGACAGGCAGAAGGUAUGGGACGACCAGUUCACCACGGAAAGCGAAUUCGAUCCUAUAGUCGUCUUCUUUGUUCGAUAAAUGCGCAGUGGAGCGCUCUUCGGGCGUCGAUCAAUCUAUCACUCAAAAUCACAGGCCGCUCUUUUCAUUGUCUGAUUUUUUAUUAAAAGAAAAAAGAUUCCGCUCCGUCUGAUUGUCCGCAGUAUUGUUUGGAAGAGAAUAUGUAUUAUCAAAAGGAUGAUUGGACGGUGUUGUUGCCCGUUGGCCUGUAGACUUGACGUGGGGGAGCUUUUCCUCGCUUGAGUGUUAUACGCGCUGGCGGCUAAAAACGUUCAUAGUCCACACGGGGUUCUGGUCUUAUUUGUUACUUUAUGUUCCGGAGUCAAUUGAUCCCUCGAUCAAGUCCUAACUAUAAAUCUCUUAAGAGAAGAAGAUAAAUCAUUUUGAUUCGAGGCCAAACCCUUCUCCGCCGUUACGGAGUUCUUCUGCUCUAAUCGAUCAUUCGGGGGGGGCGGGACACUGCGAGGUGGGUAGUUUAUCUGGGGCGGAUGCCUCCUAAAGAGUAACGGAGGUGUGCGAAGGUAGGCUCAAGCUAAGAGUAAAAUGAAGGUUGCUGUUCAAGUUAGUGAAGUUCUUUCAUUGUAAUUAGACCUAACAAGAACGGAAUCACGCUCUGUAGGAUUUGAACCUACGACAUCAGGUUUUGGAGACCCGCGCUCUACCGAACUGAACUAAGAGCGCUUUCUUAUCACAGUAGAUACGACUGUAAAGAAAAGGAUUCUUUUUGUACCCCCAAUACAUCUUGCAUGCAUAUAGUCUCAAAAUUGAGCAUUCUAUCGCAAGAAUAGGACUCCAUAGGUGGUUGGUUACGUUACAUUAAUGCCUAAACGCAGAAUAUCGGCUAAAAAGAGCAGCAAAAUUAGCUACUUCUAGAAUUAGGGCAGGGGAGAAGCUCCUAUUUCAAGUUAAAGAUUAAGUAGUAGUUCUUUGUUUUAUGACAUUAAGUAGUUAUUUGUUUAAUGACAGUACUUUGUAGUUGUUUUGGUUUGAUCAAUUCGAAAAUUAAAACUUUAUGUAGUUAUUAUAAUCGGUUCCACUAGUAUUUUUCAUCUCUCAAAUUAGCA